UUUGCCUUCCACGGUUCCACCUCCGCUCCGCGGCGAGGAACCUCUAAAACCCUAGAAGUCGAGCUCUCCUCUCGUGCUGCCUAGCCACAUUUCGGCAUCCUCCUCCCCCUGCUGCUGUUCCAUCCCAAUUUCAGCGCCAUGCCAUCCGCUGACGACCCAACGGCGCGCGAGCUGGGGGAUCAGUACGAGCAGAUCGACGAGGAGCGCCGCAACUCCGCCGCGCUCAAGAUCCAGAAAUGCUACAAAAUCAGACAACGGAGCAAGUUCCUUUCUACCUACGGGGACCUGCUGCAGGUUGAUGAUGAUUGGCACAAUUUUGCGCUUACCAGUGCCUUUAUGAGGCAGUUUAUCUUUUAUUUUGAUGCCAAUCAAGAAGGUGAUAUAGACCUACUUUCUCAAAUAUGUGACAAACUUCUACAUUAUGCUGGAGAUCGUAAUGGAUCAAAUGAAAUUCUGAGAGUACUUGCUGAUCACUCUAAGCAUCCAAAGGAUUCUGUUGUGCUUUCUAGGGUAAAAAAACUUGCACUAAUUUGUGUGCAUGGUGCCCAUCGCAAGAGGUACGAAUGGGACACAGGCUUGGCCUUUGUCAAGGCGCUACACAUUCUGGCAUGGAUGAUUGAUCCUGGUUUUUCGUGGAAUUGUGAGGUUGUCGGGUAUCUACAGGAAAAUAAGAUAUAUAUUUUGUUUCGUGAGAUUAUUUGUGCACUACCAAAAAAUGCUUUGGAGCAUCAUGAUGGUUCAUCACCUUUAGAGCAUGUGCUUCUCCGCUUAGCUUCACAUGUUGGCAGUAAUCCGUGCAAUUGUCCAACUGUGGAUCCAAGAUGGAGUUUCUCCACUCAAAUUCUAUCUGUUCCCUUGGUUUGGGACCACUUGCCACAUUUCAAGGCGCUGUAUGGUAACAAGCUGAAGAAAUAUUAUAUCAAUCAGAUGUGGUCCAGUCGUGUUGAUAUUCUUCCAGAGGAUAUAUCAGUUAAUUAUCCAGGAUAUGCGUGCCUUCUAGCAAAUGCACUUGAAGUUGAAGCCUCUGACACGACAGAUGUCGUUGCUAUUGCUGUAUCAUUGAUGGAUGGUGUUGCAUCUUCUCUUGAAAGUGCGGGUGGCAACAAUGCACUUCAAACGGAAGUUAUAAAUGAGCUCGAUGUUGAUCUCCAAAUACAGAUAAAUGAAAUAAUCAAACACCUGGUGAAUGCUGCAUUCAAUGGUAAAUCGGGCUCAGUCUCUUCUGAUGCACCGGGGGAGCCAUCAAAUGUUGAUAUACAAGCUGUUGCAUCUGUGUGCGCUUUUCUGCAUGCUAUUACUAAUACAUUCCAGCUAGAUGCAGUGAGGACAGUGCUGGUCCACCAUACAAAUAUUGUUUCUUCUUUAUGGACUUCUAUAAAACUUUGUUAUGAAAACAAAUGUUGGGAUUCUUUUUCCAAAUGUAUCCCUUCGGGGCCUUCUGACGCUCUUGGUUGGCUCUUGCCAUUGAAUAUUUUUUGUCCCCUUUUCAAAUGCGCGUUAGAGGUCAUCAUCGAUGACUCUGUACAAAUUGAAAAUUUUACCUUCAAAGACUUGAAGCUGUUAGUUCUUAUCUUGAAAGAGGCUCUCUGGGAGCUCCUGUCCACUAUUCCUGAGGAAGCGAAGACAACACCCAAUAAUUGUGGGCUUAAGAAGAUGAUGAAAUCUGAUGUUAUCAAGGCCAACACACGUAGUGGGUUAUGCGAUCUGCUAACACAGCUACAAUUGUUUAGCAACCGGCAUCAGCACCUUGUGGAUGAUGACGGACCCCAAAUUCUUGUGGAUGAUGAUUUUUGUACUCAACAAGAAAUAAGCCCAGAAUUUGUCCAUCAGGCCAUGAUUCCUGACUCUCGAGAAGCGAGCAUUAUAGAGCUUGCUCCAUUCUUGGUGCCUUGUGACAUUCGAUUCCAGAUAUUUGAUUUAAAAUUGGCAACUUCCAAGCAAACGGAAACACACACCAGGCUAAGAAUAAGAAGGAGAAAACUUUUCCAAGAUGCAUUCCAUCAACUAAACUCCCUAUCGGAAAAAGAUCUUCAUGGAACUAUGUCAGUGGAAUUUAUCGAUGAUCAUGGUCUUGCUGAACAAGGUGUUGAUGGUGGUGGACUUCGUCGAGAGUUUGUAAACAAUGUUGUUGAAAUAUCUUUUGGAAAGAAGUUAAACUUAUUUAAGAGUACACCUGACAAUCUGAUGUAUCCAAACCCGGAAUCAAAAUUAGAACAUCUGGAGUGUUUUCAUUUCAUUGGCAUUCUGCUAGGGAAGGCACUUUAUGAGAAAAUACCUGUUGGCGUUCGGUUGGCUGAAUUCUUUUUGAGGCAGUUGAAACACAAGCCCACCACAUUCAAUGAUAUAGCUUCACUGGAUAAAGACACGUAUACGGGUUUGUUGAAGUUAAAGUCCGAUAUAGAUGGCGUGGACAUGUCCUUCGAGAUCGAAAAUGGUGAUACUAUAGAAAAACUGAUACCCGGUGAUAAUAAGUUGGCCGUGACAAGUGAUAAUGUGAUUCUGUAUUUGAAUCUUUUUGCUAACCAUAGGUUAGAACAAGAGAUACAAAAUCAGACUUCACGUUUUCUAAGGGGUUUUGAAAAGGUUGUACCAAAAGAAUGGAUUAGCAUGUUCACUGAGUCCGAACUUCAGGUACUCCAGAUGCUUAUGUCUGGCCCAGCAAAAUGGGACAUUGAUGAUUUACGAAAUAACACCGAUUAUGGCGGAGAUUAUAAGGCCGAUGACGAUGUUAUUAAAAUGUUCUGGGAAAUUUUAGAGAAGUUCAAUGAAGACCAGCAGAAAAAAUUUCUGAAGUUUGUAACGGGCUCUUCCCAUAUCUCUAUCCAUGGAUUUCAGUCGCUUGAACCAAAGUUUGGGAUUGUAAGAGCAAAUAGAGGAGCAUCACUCAUUUUCAGAGCUUGAGGUCCGCAACAAGGUUUCUCUCCCUCUCUCUCCGAUGUUUCUUGCUGCCAGCCACCAGCUGUAGCAACACAACAUCCAAGCAAUUAAUGAAACUGACAUCUCUCCUCCUCCAAUGUAUUUCAAUUCCACCCAGAUAGAUCAGGAUCUCAUGCGAACGUCUCUCCUUACCCAGAAAUCACCAUUCUCUCAUUCACUACUUUAUUCUUAUAAAGUAGUUUUCCUCUCUAGUGCAACACAGGUACCAGCAGCCACGAUCUUCUCCAUUAGCUUCCUGUCCCAUCAUAGUCAAGAAUAAAAAAGGUCAAAAAUAGGCGCAAACAUUUCUCUCUACGU